AGCUCUUAUGUGAUGCUUUUCUAUGUACAAUUUGACACGUUUUGGGUCAAAAACUGAAAUUGAUUUUAGUUGUAGUGACCGGGGAGAUUGAGGGAAGGUUUUAAGAUAUGGGAUGCCUUGUGUCAACGCCAACGGAGACUGGAGGAAAUAAGAGGAAGCCAAUAAAUAUCGGCGACGUUUCCGUUUUUGUCCCUGGACUAAGGAUUCCUAAGCCAGUGGAUUUCUCUAUGGCACUUGACAACCACCUGUCUAAAAGUCUGGUAGAGAGGCUUUCUGCUCUCAGAACUAGAAUUGUUGUUAUGGCAGGGCAAGAAGGUCCGACAAUUACUAGAACUAGAAGGAAAAGUGCCACUCAACACGGUAGAGUUCUAAAGCAGCUUGUCUAUGCAGGAGGUUCAACGCUGGGGGAUCUUCUUCAGGCUCUUGAAGAUUACUUGCCUGUUCUUUUGGGACUGGUUAAAGACGGUAGCCCUCUACAACAUAAAGUACAAUUUGCUUGGGUCAAUCAAGAGGAUGAUGUCGAGGAAACUGCAAUAUGUAGUUCUUGGUAUGAAGCAUUGUCCGUUUUGCACUUGAUGGCAAUGCUUUCUUUAUCUCAAGCUAAUUUGUUACUACUCCCAAGAACAUCUUUUGAUGGCUCUCAGCUAAGGGUAUCAGAAGAAAGUCGGCGAUCUUCUGUUGAUAUUUUCCUUAAGGCAGCGGGAUACCUUGAUUGUGCCGUGAGACAUGUUCUCCCUCAGUUUACCUCUGAACUAAGGAGAAAUUUACCGAUUGACCUUGCUGAAGGAGCGCUUAGAGCACUAUGCCUCCAAGCAUUAGGGCAGGCGGUCGAUAUACAACUUGGGCUUGCAAUUGACAGUGCUAAGGCCACUCUUGCCGUGAAAAGAAGGCUUGCAUGUGAGAUGGUCAAAUAUUGGCAACAGGCCCAAGAUAACAUCAUGAAUCUUCCAUUAUCCCAUGGAUGGGGAGCAAAACAUCGGCUUUUCGUGAAGUGGAAAUACAUCGAAGCUAAGGCAGCGGCAUACUAUUAUCAUGGCCUUAUUCUUGACGAAGGAAAUACAGAGAAGUCCCAUGGAGUGGCCGUAGCUUCUUUGCAAGCAGCAGAUGAGUAUCUCAAAGAAAGUAAAAAGGCAUGUGAAGAUUUCCAUGCCGUUGCUCCUCUCUCUCGAAACCCGCCUCUGUGGGGAACGAUGAAGUACCUCAGCGAGAAGAUUCCCAAGGACACUUCUAGCAAGGCGCGAACCAACAGGGAUCGUUACUCUUAUGAAAAGGUUAUGGAGACAGCGCCACCAUUGCCCGACUUUGCAUUAGCCCUAAAACCCGACGACUACCAUCUUCCUCCCAUCGACGCAUCAUGGAGUGAUGAAGCAACAACAUAAAAGGUUAAAUUAUCAUUUCAUUACUUUUAAAAAAAAGAGUCUUCUAAAUGCAAAGCAGGCAAAGAUUAUCACGAGGCGACCUCUUUUUUUCCCCGAUUGAUCGGUCUUUUCGAUCAUUUUCCGUGUGAAACUUGGGUUUGAUUCUUUGUACAAGAUAGAAGAGUUUGCAUUGCUUCUUGUAGUCAUGGAUUUGAAGGAGAAGGUGAAGAAGAAGAAGAGUGAUGAGAUAUGAUAGAUAAUGUUUGGCACUAUAAUAGACUGAAAGGUUUUCAUCAUGGCCUCUUUGUGUUCCCCCAUUCAAGAGAAGUGCACUGCACCUGCAAUUAAUUGUUUGAUAGGAAAGUUUUUUUCUUUUGAAUAAAUAAACAAAUCUAUGAAGUUGUUGGUGAUUGAUAUAU